GGGCAGCGCAGAGUGAGAGGCUCUUUUGUUCGGCUGAGGGGAGGGCCGCUGGUGGGGCCUGCGGUACGCCGCUUCAGCUUGGCGUUCGACUGCGGCCGCCCGGCUUUCUGCUCCUCUGGGCGCUACUCCCUCGGGCCGCCCGACGCCACGCGCUAAGAGCGCGGUACCGAUUCCUCUCGGACUCUCGGGCGCUGCUACGAGCAGUGUCACCCUUUACACCGGAAAGCUGGCGGGUGCUAUGGGAAAAAAACAGAACAAGAAGAAAGUGGAGGAGGUACUAGAAGAAGAGGAAGAAGAAUAUGUAGUGGAAAAAGUUCUCGAUCGACGAGUUGUCAAGGGCAAAGUGGAAUAUCUUCUAAAAUGGAAGGGUUUCUCAGAUGAGGACAACACAUGGGAGCCAGAAGAGAACCUGGAUUGCCCUGACCUUAUUGCUGAGUUUCUACAGUCACAGAAAACAGCUCACGAGACAGACAAAUCAGAGGGAGGCAAGCGCAAAGCUGAUUCUGAUUCGGAAGAUAAGGGGGAAGAAAGCAAACCAAAGAAGAAGAAAGAAGAGUCAGAAAAGCCACGAGGCUUUGCCCGGGGUUUGGAGCCUGAGCGGAUUAUUGGAGCUACUGACUCCAGUGGAGAACUCAUGUUCCUGAUGAAAUGGAAAAACUCUGAUGAGGCUGACCUGGUCCCUGCCAAGGAAGCCAAUGUCAAGUGCCCACAGGUUGUCAUAUCCUUCUAUGAGGAAAGGCUCACGUGGCAUUCCUACCCCUCAGAGGAUGAUGACAAAAAAGACGACAAGAAUUAGCCCUCUUGAGUGCCAGCCCCUGUCACCUUCGACUGUGGGUUCCAAGUGGGGAGGGAAGGAGUUCUACUUGUCUUGACGCCGUAGAGGUGGCUUGAGAAGAUGUCCUUUGAAGAGCCAGCGUAGUUUCUGUGCCCUGCAGCAGCCCAAGUGCUUUAACUCGUUUCAAGCUGUAUAGUUUGCACACCCAUCCCAGUGGAGGGGAAGGGGUAAGUGUUUCAAGGCAACCCGUUCUGCGCUUUGCUAAGAAAGCGGAGGGCCUUCCAUGAAGGACAAAACCUGCAGAACUGGGGUGUGGGAGAGCAAAGAUACUGUCUAUCUUCAAAGAGCAUCUCCACAACCCACAGCCUUCUUCCCAAUAGUGUUAACUGCAUUUUUACAGCCUAGCAUGUGUGUAGUUUUUUGGCUAUUACUGGUAUAUUCAUUAGGGGUGGGAGGGUUGGGGCAGGGAGGAAGGGAGAUGGGUGGAAUCAUUUUGGUUAAAAUUUGGGACCUGAUUGGGGAAAUGGUGAAACAGUAGAAAGAACAGCUAACUAAUCAAUUGGUUCUAUGUCAAUAUUUUGCCUUUUCAAAAAAUUAUAUUGGCACCAUUAAUGAGGAUUGAGAGACUUAAAAAAUCUGUGAAUGCUGAAACCUAUAGCCAAGGUGCUCCCUACCUGAGCUCAUUGUGGCCCACAAAGGACAGAGCCAGUUCCCAAGUUACCAAAGCUGCCAUUUGAAGGUGGAAACUGACUGAGGAGGGACAAUUUUAUUGGAGAGUAUAAGCAGGCAGAUCAUUCUGCCUUAGAGGUGCUAAUUCCUGAAAUUGGAGAAAAAGACCUUUCUCUAAUUACGAAGUUACAAUAUCAGUUUGUCCAUCCAAGCCACUGGCUCAAGUAUUGCAGGAGGGCCUAUGGGAGGUGGGAGCAGAGGGCCUGCGCUCUUAGGGUGGAAACUCUUGGAGCCUCUGUUUUUUUGGUGUGGUGUUUUGUUUUAUUUUUGGGUUUUUUUUGUUGUUGUUUUGGUUUUUUUUUUUUAGUUUUGGUUUUUGUUUUAUUUUGGGUUUUUUUUUUUUUUUUCUUCAGCUAUGAACCCUGAAACUGCUUGUGGCAGGUUCAGUUACUGACAGCACAAAUUCCAUUGAGUCAAUUAAGGGUUGAAUGACUUCACAAGCCCUGGUCUCAGGAGAUUAACUUUCAUAUUGGGGUAGUGGUUCAUUUAAAAAUACAAGAUCUUCGGAUUAACUGAUGUCAAAGAUCCUGUCUUGAAUCAUGAGAUCCAUCAAUUUUUAGUAUUGUCUAGACCUGCAUUUAGGACUACAUUGUAAAAUCUUUUAAAGCAUGUGUUAGAUAUAUGUGAAAAUUUUGUUUAAAUGUAAACUUCAUACCAUACUGUCAGUUUUUGUCUUAAUAAAACUAUAGAUUUAUAAU